UCUUCCCAACCAACCAGAAACAGAAAGUCAUAGAAACCAAACCAAAAGAUCCACCGAACCUUUGUUUUUCUGUUCUUCCUCAGCCAGAAACAAAACAUAAACAAAUUCAUCCGUUUCCUCGUAUAAUCCGAAUCUCAAAUUUAUAUCUUCUACAAUGGAUUCUUUGUUGGAUCAAGCUACUAGUACAUGUUCUCACUGUGAUCGAGCUAUUCCUGUUGCGAAUGUUGACUUGCAUUAUGCUCAUUGCUCAAGGAAACUUCAAAAAUGCAAAGUUUGUGGUGAUAUGGUUCCUAGAAACAAUGCUGAGGAUCACUAUUUAACCACUCAUGCGCCAAUUUCCUGUUCAUUGUGCAGUGAGACAGUGGAUCGUGAUAUCAUAGAUAUCCAUACAGGUGAAAAUUGCCCUAAAAGGAUUGUCACUUGUGAUUUCUGUGAGUUCCCAUUGCCAGCAAUUGAUCUAGCUGAGCACCAGGAAGUAUGCGGGAAUCGAACAGAACUCUGUCACCUUUGUAACAAAUAUGUUAGACUUCGAGAAAGAUACAAUCAUGAAGCCGGGUGCAAUGGUAUUCAAGAUAGCACUGUGGGCUCUUCAAGGAAUGUAAGGGAAACUGAAAGAAAUGAAGGUGUUCCGCGAAGGCAGCCACGGAAUGAGUACUCAACUAAACGUCUCCUUUUCUCAAUAGCUGUCACUGGUGGUAUUGCUGUUAUACUAGGAUCUAUGUUCCUACAGAAGAAAACAGAUCCCAGCGAGAUGCAUUAGCAACAAAGAGGAAACAUUUUAGGAUCUCGUAAAUCUACUUUAUCUAUAAACAAUCCAUUUGCCUGCUUCAGAAAUCUUAUGAGAUGUAACUUUUAUAGUGUAUUUUGUAAAACAUUGGCAUUGUCAUCAUUUAUAUAUAAAUAAAUAUCAGAGAACAAUAUAUACAUUAUUAUUGAAACAACCAAGGGAUGCAUCUUUAUGUUA